AUAAGCAGCCCUUCUGCAGCCCAAACAAACCCAACAGUAAGCAACGCUGAAGCGCAAGCGCGCCCAAAAUUCAACACCCAUGGAUCUCCCCGAAGCCUGCAUCGCCCACGUCCUUUCCUUCACCUCCCCCCGCGACGCCUGCAGGCUCUCCUGUGUUUCUUCCUCCUUCCGUUCCGCCGCCGACUCCGACGCCCUCUGGGAUUCCUUCCUCCCUUCCGAUUGGCUCUCCCUCCUCUCCCGUUCUUCCCCUCCCCCUUCCUUCUCUUCCAAGAAGCAUCUCUACCUCUCUCUCUCCCGCCAACCCCUCCUCAUCGACGACGACGGUCUCAAGAGCUUUUGGCUGGAUAAAUUAUGCGGGGCGAAAUGUUUCAUGCUGUCCCCGAGAAGUCUCUCUAUUGUUUGGGGAUGCACUCCGAGGUAUUGGAGGUGGAGGACUUCGGAGCCCAAGGGCAGGUUUGAGGAGGUUGCUGAACUUUUGUGCGUGUGUUGGCUGGAAAUGCGAGGGCGGAUCAACACGCGCAUGCUGUCUCCUUCAACUUCGUAUGCAGCAUACCUCGUGUUUAACUUAACUCCCAGCGCCUAUGGGUUCGAACACCAACCGGUGGAGGUCUCCGUUGGCAUUGCCGGGAAUGACAGUGAUGCUCGCAAGCGAUCAGUCUAUUUAGAUCCAAACGGAGGAACACGGGGGCGACAACAACCAAUUGUUCCCAGGCGUGCCAGCCUCUUCAAUCGUGCGCGUAUCCUGGGAGUUGAGGCAGGCACGCCCAUUCCUGCAGAGAAUGUCGAUCCACAACCUCCAAACAAGAGAGCAGAUGGAUGGCUGGAGAUCGAAUUGGGAGACUUCUUCAACGAAGGAAUAGAUGAUAAGGCCCUGGAAAUGGCUGUUUGUGAAAUCAAGGGGGGCCACUGGAAGAGCGGCCUUGUCAUUCAAGGAAUCGAGAUUAGGCCCAAACCCAAUAAGUGAACGCCUGCGCCGGCACCUUUCUUAAUUUCACAAAAGUUCAUCUUUUCCAUUUUAACCUGACGCAGAGAGUAACCGAAAAAGUUAGAAUGGCAUGCAUUGCCGCAUUGCCAAAGUAGUAUCUUGGUUCUGUUAUUUCUUAGUUUUUUGGCUUCCUCAAAUGGGUUUUGAAGUUUGUUAUGUACGGAUCUUGUGGCCUUUGUCGUUGUUUAAUAAACUGAAUCAAGAUCAUCCCGUUGAAGAAAUGUACGCGCCUGCUUACAUGGCUGCGGACUAUUAAUCAUUUUUAGCCUUUAAGCAUUUCUUUUAAUUGUGCAAAGAAGACCAAGUAAAAUCAUAUGAAAUGAGACCUCUACACUCCAAUGGAGGGU